GCGGAGCAAGGGGCGCUGGGGGCGUGUUCGCGCGGCUUUGGGAAGGCCCCAAGUUAAUGAGGCGUGCGCCGGCAGCCGAGCGCCUUGCCGAGCUGGGCUUUUCCCCGCGGUGCGGGCGCCAGGAGCCGCCUUUUCCGCUGGGUGUCACUCGGGGGUGGGGAGGAUGGCCCAUUCAAAAGCGCCGCGAGGGGGCCCGGCCAGUGCCCUUCAGUGAACGCUCGCAAGAGGACGGCAGAGGCCAGGCAGCUCGGACCUCCGGGACCUGGUGGCGCAUAAGGACACGGCUGCAGCUCUGCCAACAGCAGCAGCAACAACCCGGUCCAGGGACACUCGAGCCGUCCCAACCCAGCUGCCCAGCAGUCGCUGGCCUUGAGCCACCGGUCAAGCUCAAGGAAUUGCACUUUUCCAACAUGAAGACCGUGGACUGCGUGGAGCGCAAGGGCAAGUAUAUGUACUUCACUGUGGUGAUGGCAGAGGGCAAGGAGAUCGACUUUCGGUGUCCUCAGGACCAGGGCUGGAACGCGGAGAUCACUCUGCAGAUGGUGCAGUACAAGAACCGUCAGGCCAUCCUGGCGGUCAAGUCCACGCGACAGAAGCAGCAGCACCUGGUCCAGCAGCAGCAGCCCCCACAGCCGCAGAUCCAGUCCCAACCCCAGCCCCAGCCCCAGCCCCAGCCCAAGCCUCAGGCUCCGCAGCUCCACGGGUAUUCGCAUCCUCACCCGCAUCCGCACCCACACCAGCACCCGCAUCCGCACCCACUACCGCACCAGCACCAACCGCCUCACUCGCAGCCACUCUCCCAGUCGCACGGCCACCGGCUUCUCCGCAGCACCUCCAACUCUGCCUGAAGGGGGCUGCGCUCGGGCAAGACCAGGUUUUGAGGACUUGAAGUGGGACGAACACAAUUCCAUUGUCUUCACUUGGAUCAAAACAAAACAGUCUCCCUGUCCCGCUGCAGAUCAAGUAGUUUGAACAUCACCUGAAUGAUAACUUGCGAUUCCUUAGUUUUCUGCAUAUUCGUCAUCACCGUGCAGGAAGCGAUUCUAAGUCGAGAAGACUUUACUUAGGAACCUUUGAAAGGAUCUUAUAACAUAGUGGACCUUCUAGGAGAGAUGAUGUACUGUAAUUUUAUUUUAACGUAUGUUGGUUUAUGAUUAUUUAUUAGUUUUUUUAAUGUUUGUUCUAAGACAUUUCUGAAUGUAGGCCAUUUUCCAAAAAAGAGACUAUUGUUAAAAACCCACCCCCUAGUAAAUUCUAAUCUUGGGAAGAAAAAAGGGCGGUGGAGGGGAGAACAUAAAGAAUUCAUUCAGUAUUCCUAGGGCAUUUUCAGAAGGCCUGACACUUUCGUUGUUAUGCCAGGUGGUUGAAAUUAAAAUCUGAUACUAUUUUUUUUCUCUGAGGUUUCUUCCUUAAAUCCAUAUUUUCUGUAAUUUUUUUAAAACUAAAAGCUCAAAAAUGUGUAAUUAUGAUUAUAAUGCUCAAAAUAACACUUUUCUAAAAGUAAAUCAGUAGUAAUGAUACCUACUUUCAAAAUAUUUAAGAUACAACCUGAUUGAGACCAAGAUGAUUGUGUCUUGAAUAUGUGGUAGAACUGGGUCUACUGUAGGAGCAUCGUGUGUGAACGUUUAAUAGUCCUUUUGGAGUUGGAUGCAUAGCUUAGCGUGAGAGUGCCAGACUCUGAGUGUCACCCCUAUCACCAAGGGGGAAAAAAAGAAUGAAAAGAAAAAAAGACCUUUUGAUUGUGACUUAUGAAUAUGAAUACAGUAGAUUUUUAGUUCACAAUUGUAGUGGGCAGAAACAGAAUAAUUCAACUUAGGUUGAGAGUGUUUAUGCCCCUUUCCAGACUAAAAUAUCCUCUACCAAGAGCUUUGCACACUUGAUUUGAACCAUAUUUUCUGACCUGUUUACUUUGUUCUAGAAGAACACUGAAGAAUCUUACAGUUUAAGAUACAGUUUGUAAAUAUAUCAAUGGACUAGGAGUCAUGAUUUUUUAAUUUCCGCGCAGAAAAUGUUUAUCUUCGAAACCAUCUGUUUUUCUCUGUUCUGUGAGAAAUUUUAGAGAUGUAUUGUUUCUUUAGAUUAGCUAGGCUCAGAGAUUGAAAAAGGAAGGACUGGAUAAACAAUGGAUUUUCAGUAAGAAAACAACCCCAGUCUUGUUUUAGCAGUCACUUGUUCAGGAGUCUAAGGGGUAGUCUGGGAGAGGAUGUGCUUUUAAAGGUAGAACAAACCCUCUUCUGUGUGAAAUCAAAAGGAUGUAAGAAUCCUCAAGGCAGAUGCUACUUCAGUUUAAAAGGUCCAUAGAUGAUCCCAAAUUCUCCUGGGCCUGAAAAUCACUUCCUUUCCACAUGGCUUUACUAAUGGUUCUUUGUUUUUCAUUGUCUUUCACAGAGUCUUGGUCAGUAUUUUUCUAGCAUUCAUAUUGAAAUGAUCAAGCCAGGUGUGGUGGUGCAUGCCUGUGAUCUCUGUGCUCUUGGAGGUUGAGGCAGGAGGAGGGAAAAUUU